AUGGGCAAUAUGAAGGACACCGAAAUGUACCGCUUUUGGGUAUCAGAAGUGAAUCAGGAUUCCAGCCUUUCUGAGGAGAGACUACCAUUUUCUUCUGAUGCCUCAGAGGCUUCCUCCCCAUUAGAUACUUCCAAAGCCAGCCAUAUAUCAUCCAAUUUGCGAAUUAUGACUUUUAACUCGCUAGCCCACAGUCUGGUGGAUUUUAAGUACGAGGAAAAUGACAAGGAUGUUAUGGAUUGGGAUGCCAGAAAGAUUGCCAUUUUAAAUGUGAUUAAAAGGGCGAAAGCCCAUAUAGUUUGUCUCCAAGAGAUUGAUUCUAAUGAUUAUUCUGAAUUCUUUUCUCAUAAAUUUAAGGAUCUAGGAUACGAAGGCAUUUAUAAGCAGAAGAAUGACCGUAAAGAUGGCGUGGCCAUCCUCUAUGACUCUGAUAUUUUCGACAUUCUGUUCGUUGAUAGUUUUGACUACCCAUCUCCAAGUAGAUCACAAGUGGCAAUUAUACUGUCACUAGUCGUCAAAAGGGAUGUAGAUUUUGAGCAAAUGGAAUUAUCAGAGUCAAAUGAUGAUGUCAGUAAAUCCAAUAAGUUGCCUUCAAUUGGAGGAUUUAAUAACCUUACCGUAUGUAAUACCCACCUGCUGUUCAACCGCAAGCGGGGUGAUAUCAAAUUAUUCCAACUAAUAAACUUACUAACACAUGUAAUACAGAUGGAGGAGAAGUGUCGCAAUUAUUUUACUAGUCAUGGGCAGGAUUUUACCCCUUCCACAUUUAUUUGUGGCGACUUUAAUUUCACACCACAAUCAUUGUUGUACAAAUUCCUAGAUAAGGGAUAUAUAGACUUAUAUAAGGCACGGGUGGAUCACCUUUCUGGUCAACACUUGAUGUUUGAACACUCUUACAAUGUGAAUUCGCAUGGACACCAUCAUUCAGGGGCCACAGUACAUACAAAUUACAGAGAUGACAUUUUAAAACCAUCAAACACUAUCAAACAAAUGGAAUUUAAUAAGGAGGAACAUAUAAAUAAGUUUUGUACAGUUUCUGAUUGUCCAAGAUAUUCAACUGUUGAUGAUGACCAUAACAAUUGUGAUAAUGGAUCAUUAUACAAUGCAUUACAAUAUUGCGCCUCAAUACACUUGUUUAAACAAGUACCUGAGUAUUUGAAGUUGAAGUUGAUGAAGUCAUUUGGCGACUUAACUCCAGACACUGUUUCCAGUGAGGGGAAAUAUACAACUGAGACUAGCGAUGUGAAGAACUUUGGCCUUUUUGAAUCUCGUCAUCCAACUUUACUUUAUUGCCCCAUUAAGUUGCGUAGUGCUUACAGUUCUUUUGACCCAUACCUAAGAACUUACCAAGAGCCUGCAUUCACUGCCUUCCACGGCUGGCAAAGGGGUUGUGUCGAUUACAUUUGGUACACGCCAAAAUUCGUUCAAGUCAAGGCCAUUUUCAAUAUGCCAUCCUAUGGAGAAGUUACGUCUCACGGUAAUAUGCCAAACAAGGGUUGGCCCGCUUCCGAUCAUUUCAGCCUAGUAUCUGAAUUUACCAAGAAGGACUGA